CAGCGCGGUGACGUUGCCGGCGCGCCGUCGGGAGAGCGCUAUGCGGGUGCUGUCCGUCAGCCGGUGGCUCCGCGGCGCUGUCCGGGCCCCAUCGGGCGGACCGGGCUCCCCGCAGGUACCGCAGCCGGGCCGGAGGGAGCGGGAGGCGGCCCCGGGCGGUUCCUGCCCCCGCGCUGAGAAGGUGACGGUGGACGUGCUGGAUCACUUGGAACACUUGGCCUUGGUGGAUUUCCGUGACUCCGAGGGUGUGGAGCGGCUGCAGAAGGCGAUCCAGUUUGCUGAUCAGCUUCAUGAGGUGAACACGGAUGGCGUAGAACCAAUGGAUUCAGUACUGGAGGACAGGUGUCUGUAUCUCAGAGAAGAUGAUGUUACAGAGGGCAACUGCACAAAAGAACUGCUGAAAAAUGCCAAAGAGAAAGUAGAAGAGUAUUUUGUAGCCCCACCAGGUAACAUCCCUUUGCCAAAGCUGGAAGAAUGAGAGACUUAUCUGCAGAGCUCUUAGCCCAGAGCCCAAAGGCCAUUCCAGUAUUUUAUUUGGGAACACUAACUUUUGUCACAGCCAAAAUACUCUGGUGUGUAUUCUGAUCAAAAGAAGAGCACUUGCAAGAUGAUUUACAGUAGAAGGUGGAACAAGUUUAAUAAUGCUGCUGUAAUAUUCAAUGUUUACAAAGCUGGAAGGCAGCAUGACAGAUUAUCUCAGUGCUUUUAAUUAGCAAAGUGAACUGGAUGUUGCUCUUUAAGAUACUGAAUGGAUUAAAGGCUUUAAAAAGAACAUUAAAAGGUAAUUAUUAAAAAUUCUCAGAACACUAUUUUUCCUCAACAAAUUUGUUGGGAAACAAGAGAGAUUGGAAAGCUCUUUUGCCUAUUUCUGACCUUUAGCUUGACUCUGGCUCUGACCCUGUCAGAAGUAACAGAGCUCCCAGGUAUCUGGGGGGCCUGGAGGAGGAGUCUGUACCAUUGUUGCAUCUCUGACAGAGAGAGCUCAGAUUUUCAUUAUGGAAGGAAAGGCACUUUGAGAAGAUCAUUCACUCAAAUAUUUUGCUUCUACCGAAUACUUCGUAGAACAUUCUGGGUUGGAAGAAACCUUAAAGCUCAUCCAGUUCCAACCUGUUCCCACAGGCACCUUCUACUAGACCAGGUUGCUUAAAGCCCCGUCCAACCUGUCCUGCAGUACUGCCAGGGAUGGGGCAUUUUUUGUUUUUAUUCUCAUAAAUUAAGUGCCUGGAGUUGUACAUAGUUUGAGAAAGCACUUUUCAGACACAGAACUGGCUGUUCUAGAAGAAAAAGUCUUUGCCACAGCCAUUUUUGUCCUCCAGAUGUGUAUCUGUAGUGGCACUGGCAGUAUGUUCUGGAUUAACCCAUUUUUCCAUUUCAAACAAAGCACUGCAGUUAUCUCUGUUAUUUAAAACACCUUGUGUGGCUAAGCUUGUUGUAAAUAAAAAAUGUAAUUACUUGUGAACCAGA